CCCCGGGGGGCUGCUAGACCCGGGAGCCAGCCCAAAGCCCAUCGGUAGUAUUCAAAUGGGUAACGCCUCGCGCAACUGACUUGAUCAGUUUCUUUUUCUCCCUUCAACGUCUUGUUUUUCUGGAUCUUGUUUGGCUCAAGAAGCGCUGGCUUCGCAAUCGUCGCCCAAGCAGACCAUCAGCAAGAAAGUCGAUUGGUAAAGCUCCCCAGGAUACUAAAUCAAUCGAUACUGUGAGACCACAAACAGUCGAAUCAUCUAGUUACUUUCUUCAUUAGGAGUGCUUGGAAUUGUCCUACUAAGCGUCCUUCUUUCGUUGCUUAUCACUGUAAAAGACCGGAAGAGAAGAGGCUGCGAGAGCUGGCUCUCUACGCACCUGAGCUUAUCAGCUAGCUUAGUAGCAAGAAUCGUUCUAUAUACCAUUUGUCGACGCCCGUGUCGAAUGACAUCCAGACAAAUUAUCCUUUGAAUUACGGAGUAACUCAGGCAAAUAUCAUUAGUGGACGCGGCCUUUAUUCAAUGGCACCUGCACAACAACCGACUGUAGAGGAGCGAAGCUCUUCAGACACUACGGCCUCGUCAAUAAAAAGCCCUCGGAUGGCUCGCUUUGUGGAAGCAACGACGGUGCAAUCCCCAACUGGGCCUGCUGACGCCAGGAGGUCACCGUUCGCAGACCCUCCCCGUCAGUCACAGGCGCUCCCUGAUGUGUCCGACGUAGGCUUUGGAUAUGUUGCCGCAAAUGAUUCGGUACAACACGCAUCCCAUCACCAACUGCCAGUUUCACCGCUCAAAAGUGCACUGAAAGUCCCCGGAACGCCAGGGCGCACACUAAAUCCACUCAGCCCAACGUUUCGUGAAGAGUUUUAUGUGGAGAAGGAAGAGAAGUCUGCAGAGAAGGAGAAUGCUAGAGAUCUGCGAAUUAAACUCCGCGUCCGGGUGGCCAAGAUAUUCCUGCGUUUCGUGAAUUUUGGCUGCAGUCUGAUAGUCGUCACAAUCUUAGCAUUGACUCUGUUCGUCUUCCAUUCUACUAAAUCACUGCCUUCCAGGGGAGGUUUCCCUGCUUGGGCCAAUGGCACCAAUCCGUGGACUCAAUAUCUGCUCCUUUCAGUGGCAUGCGUCUCGUUGUUUGCUUGCCUGAUCGUAUUUUGGGGCUAUUGGAAAGGCGGCCACAAGCGUGCCGAAAAACUCACUGUUUACUAUCAAACAAUUGCAGUGUGCUUCUUCAUGUUCAGCCUUGUAAUGUGGAUUGUCGCAGCGGCGCUUUACCAGAAUGAAAAAGCCAACGGAAACAGCCAGGACCUUUGGGGUUGGUCCUGCAAGAAGAACACAAGGGAAACGUUGUUCCAGAACGAUAUUGACUAUGCCCUCCUUUGUCGGUUGCAGGACUGGGGCUUGGUGUGCGCUAUUAUUGAAGUCGUCCUCGAAGUUCUGGUCAUCCUUAUCUAUGCGGUUGUGUUUUAUCGGUUCUGGACUAAGAGGCGCCUUAUGAAGUCAAUGGACCGCCGUGACAAGGCUAGAUCCGAUCUGUACCUUGCCCAGCUCCGUCUUCAGUCAGCACCCAAUACACCUGGAUUUUCUCUCGCUCAAAAGACGCCUAUAAUAUCUACAACUGUUUCGCAAGAUCCCUAUUCAAUGGCUGAAAACGGUGAAUCAUGCUCCACCCAGUUUGCCACGCCCCGUUCUCCGACAAAGCCCCAGCCGACCUUCCAAUUGCAAGCACCUCCCAUCCGUGUACAACAAGCGACUCCUAAGACAGAGCAGAGAGAGUUCCUUGGCCCUAGUUACGUUCCUACGGCUCCUGAGCCGGCACCAAAUGUUAACCAGCACAUGGCUGCUGCGCCUGGCGAACGGGCCUACGAUGCUGUGCCGAUUCCGAGGGCGUAUUCGAGUCCAAUGUCGCCCACGUUCCCUCAUGCCUCGCGUUAAUGAUUUCCACGUUUAAAUAGCCUAAUCAAUGGUUGAAAUGUGCAUAUGCACCUGCACGCGAAGCCUUGGAAUACAGACUGACGCAUUGUAUUUAUUCUUGAUGAUUAUAUUAUUCCCCGUUCCCUUAUUUCAAAUGGUAGCAUGGUAUUGUGUUUUCUCGAAAGGUUUCAACCGCUUUAAUAUAUUCUCUCAUUCAAUGAGAUUGUUUUGGGGGGUGGGGGUUUUACCUACCUUUAUAUAACGCACUGUCUGCAUCUUUCUGCCACAUCGAUAUGAAUCGAAGGAACAAUAUUGUGAUUUGUGAUACUUAAAUGGGUGUCUUGGACAUUAUGGGACUGCUGUUUUGUCCGUA